UUUUCUAAUCUAAUCUUUAUUCGAAGGUUUUUGCGAAAUUAUAGAAAUAGAACCAUAGCAACUUGUGAUUUCUAAAAUCUAAAAUUUUGUUUUUCGCUCCUAUUGCUCCCUGAGUGCAAAAAGUGCAAGCAACGCGAACAGACGCGAAAUAGCACGCCGUAAACCCAAGUGACAUUUUGAGGUUAAGCGGUCCCUGAAAGGUUAACUUACGAUUUCAGAUGUUCGUAAACAGUGAUCGUAAGUUACAAUAUUGAAAUUAUUAAAUUUUGAUAUCACGAUGAAUGCAGUUACGACGGAGGAAGAGAGAAAGAUCCUUCACUUCUUAAAAUCCCAAGGCUGCUGUUUGAGAUGUUGCUUUCGUUUCGUUGGGUAUCGCACGUCGGAAUGUUACUGCAAGCCUUUCGAAUUUGCGGCGCAGCUGAGUCAUGCCGAUAUAAGAGGCGACGCUUCUUUGGAAGAAGCGACUUGCGUCGCAUGCUUAGGAAUUCUUCAGGAUAAGGCCCAAGAAAACGUAGUGACAAAGAUAGCGGAAAAAGUGAAGGAGAGAGAUUACGACUCUACGACUUUCACUUGCGCACUGACCGUUCCUGUGUCGAUAAAGCUCAGGGAGCAUGUAUUAUACGCUUACGUGUCCAAAGAGACGGAUAUUCACGAAGAUGCCUUAAGUACUCUUAGAACAAGAUUACAAAGUGUCAAAGAUAUUUGGAAAUCUUUCAUGAUUCCCCAACUCGAGGAGGCUAUGGGGAAACGUGCCGAUCUGUCGACACCGUCGCCUUUUCUCGUCGAGGUCUUUCUGACGUACGCCGAUGACGAGAUGAUAUUUAAAGAAAUAAUAAACGAACACAAGGCAGGCGGAAAUAAACAGAAAAAGAGGAAGUGCAAUGAUAACAAAUUUAGUAGGAAAAACGUUGAUACUUUGCUGGUCGAGAUGACGGAUGAACGACUUAUGCGACAUUUUACGAUCUCGCAAAUCGCACCGAAAACAUUCGUUCGUAUUGACGAUGUUUUGUGCUCUCACAGCAGCGUCUUUAUAGGAGGACGUUACAAUAAACUCUCCAGGAAACUCAGCCAGACGCCGUGGCUCAUAAAUGGCGAGAAAAAAGUAGAAACCUCCGUGCAAGACCUGCUCUGCAAUCCCAUCGCGGAAAUUGUGAAAGCAGAAUCGAUAAAAUUUUUAUCGUCAGGAAGAGAAGACGUCGACGUAAGAAACAUCUAUGGUGGCCGACCAUUCGCUGUCGAGCUGGUGAAUCCCCGUAUGACGAGUAUCACGAACGAGCUUCUGACGCGUCUGACCGAUAGUAUCAAUCAGUCGACUAAGCAGGUUCAAAUAACAUCGAGUUUAAGAGUUCUUUCAAGAUUCGAUUUGAAGAAGCUCAAGGAAGGUGAGAAUGCUAAAACAAAAUUCUAUCGAGCGCUGUGCGUCUGUCGGAACGCGAGUGGCGAUCUACCGCGGCUGGAACAUCUGAACGAACUGGAAAACGUGAGAAUUAUACAGAGGACACCGGUCAGAGUGCUGCACCGACGGCCAUUGAGCCCGCGUACGCGCAUCAUUUACAAGAUGCGCGCGCGUUGGGCGAAGCCGCACGAGCUGAAGGGAUUGCUGCACACCGUCGCCGAGAGUACCGACGCGUUUUUCGUUCUCGACGUCAAGACGCAAGCGGGUACAUACGUAAAAGAAUUCGUGCACGGAGAUUUCGGUAGGACCAAGCCGAGCCUGUGCGAUCUCCUUAAUGUCGAAGUGGACAUUGUCGCAUUGGACGUCACGGGUAUUAAUUUAAAGUGGCCGUAACGCGAGUUUCAACUACAUCGAGAGAUAUUACAUCUAACUAAAUAAAAAAAGUACAAUAAAGAUAUCAAACAUGAA